UCUUCCUUUUCUCUCCCAACAAUUUGUCUUCCUUUCUCUGUUUCUUUCUCACCUCAUCUCUCCUCUCCCCUCCCCCUCCCCCUCUAAUCAAUUCCUCUCUUACCUGAGUAUAUUUCUUCCUCUUCCUCUCUCUUUCCUCUCUUUUCUAUCAUGUCUGCCUCUUGUUCGGCGCUGAGACGGCUGACCCACAGGUCUCCCCGCACUUUCCAGUCCCGCAUCGUCUCCGUCUCCAGACCGGGCGCUUCCUUUAUUUCUCGCUCUCCCCUGUCCUCUGUCAAUUCCUCAACUCCUCGUACAUCUCGCUUCUCAACCAUGGCUUCGCUUCAACAGGCUGCUCCGGCCGCCCCGGUCGAUAAAUCCUACGAUCCCGAGAUCAAGGAUAUGGCCGACUACAUCCACGGCUACAAGAUCGACUCCGAUUUGGCGUUUGACACUGCUCGAUUGGUUUUCCUCGAUACUCUGGGAUGUGGGUUGGAAGCCCUGAAAUUCAAGGAAUGCACCAAGCUGCUGGGCCCCAUUGUUGAAGGCACGGUGGUUCCCAACGGUACCAAGGUCUUUGGUACCCCCUACCAACUCGACCCCGUUAACGGUGCGUUCAACAUCGGCGCCAUGAUCCGCUGGCUCGAUUACAAUGACUGCUGGUUGGCCGCUGAGUGGGGUCAUCCUUCGGACAACCUCGGUGGUAUCCUUGCCGUCGCCGAUUGGGUGUCGCGCACCAACCGCGCCGGUGGAAACAUCGCGGGCGGCAAGAUCUUUACCAUCAAGGACGUUCUGGAGGCCAUGAUCAAGGCUCACGAGAUCCAGGGCGUGUUGGCGCUCGAGAACUCGUACAACCGGGUCGGCCUGGACCACGUGGUGCUGGUCAAGGUGGCCACCACUGCCGUCGUCUCGAAGAUGCUGGGAUUGAACGAGAAGCAGACCGCCGACGCCAUCACCCAGGCGUGGGUGGACGGCCAGAGCCUGCGAACCUACCGACACUCCCCGAACACCAUGUCGCGGAAGUCCUGGGCCGCAGGUGACGCCUGUCAGCGGGCCGUUAACCUGGUCUUGAAGGUGCAGAAGGGCGAGAGCGGACUGCACACCGUUCUGUCGGCUCCCAUCUGGGGAUUCUACGACGUUCUGUUCAAGGGCAACAAGUUCAAGUUCCAGCGCCCUUACGGCAGUUACGUUAUGGAGAACGUUCUCUUCAAGGUGUCUUAUCCAGCUGAGUUCCACUCGCAGACUGCCAUUGAAGCUGCUCAGAUCAUCAACAAGAAACUGGCCGCCAUGGGCAAGAGCGCCAAGGACAUCAAGGAGAUCACCAACCGCACGCACGAGGCCUGUGUCCGCAUCAUUGACAAGCAGUUCAAGCCGAUGGACAACUUUGCCGACCGCGACCACUGCGUUCAGUACAUGGUUGCCACCAUGCUGGCCUUCAACCGAUUGACGGCCAAUGACUACACCGACGGCUCGGAGGCCGCCACUUCUCCCCUGGUCGAGAAGCUCCGCCAGAGCAUUCGCUGCGUCGAAGACCCCAAGUUUACCGCGGACUAUCACGACCCCGCCAAGCGCACCAUCCCCAACGCGCUGACGGUCACCCUGAACGACGGGACGGUGCUGGAGGAGGUUGUCGUGGAGGCACCCCUGGGUCACCGUCUGCGUCGCGAGGAGGCCAAGCCUGAGAUUCUGGACAAGUACAAGCGCCACCUGCAGGCACACUUUGAUCAGGCUCGCAUUGACCAGCUGGUUGAGCUGGGACAGAACAAGUCUGCCAUUGAAAACUACGAGGUGGACAAGUAUGUUGACUUGUACGUGACGGACAAGAUUGCUACUGCGUAAGCAGCUGGCAAGACGGGGAGUAAUGAACUAAAGGUAGAAUGUUGACGGAUGUAUGAAUUUGGCGUAUAUAUCAGAUGUUAUGCAGUAGACUCAAUGCAAUUAUCUUGACCCAAUCUUAUGCAAUACUAAUUCAGGAGAAUACUUGUCUUCAAAGAAAUAGCGACGGACCGACGGCAAAAGA